AUGAGUAGUGUUCCACUAAGAUGUAAGGGCAAGAAAAAUGAAAAUUCAAAUGAAUUUAAAACUGCUGAAGAGUGUGAACAAUGUUUGGCAAAAUGCGUAAAAGUGCUUGAAAAAGAAGAAAACUGA